AUGACAAUGUCGGGAGAGAGCGAGAUGGAGCAGAUGGCGGCGGGGACGGGCAAGGGCGACGAGCGCAAGGAGGCGCAGCGGAAGAAGAUAGUGCGAUUCUCGGGGAACGAUGACGACGGUGACGAUGACGACGCCAAGCCACGGCGCGCGGUGCUGCCGGAAAAGAAGCCGAAGAAGGCAAAAGGCGCGCCCGCCGCCGCUGACAUCAGCGCGAUGGACCUCGACGACCUCGGCGCGGAGCCCGGCGCGGCGGCGCUGAUGGGCUCCGCGGAUCCGCGCGUGGCGGCGCAGGCGCGCGCGCAGCAGCGGAAGAAGGGGAAGAGCAAGUGGGGGGACACUGCGUUCGGGGGCGUGGAGGACGUGGCGCGCGCUGAAGAGGACUUCCAGGGAGAGGAGGAGGAGCAGGAGGCGAUGGAGCCAUUCAACCUUCAGCAGGAGCGCGAGGAGGGGUACUUUGAUGCCGAGGGCAACUAUGUGGAAUACAGAGAGGACACCGAGGCCACGGAUGCAUGGCUGGCGACGGCAGAGGUAGACCCCACUCUAGCGGCCAAGGCAGCAGCGCGCGCACAGGCAGCGGCGGCAGCGGAGGAGGCGGGGGGCAGCGAGAUGGGGCACGGCGAGAUGGCGGCCAUCAGGCGGCGCAUCGCUGAUGCUCUCAGGCCAGGGGAGACGCGGCUGUUCGAGCAGUUGACUGAAGAUGCCAUGCUGCUCAUGGAUGCUGGCGAGACAGAGGUGUAUUCGGACAAGAAGGAGACGUUUGAGCGCGAGGCCGCGGGGUACGAGGCCAUCCUGCGCGCCCGCCAGGGGCUGCUGGGGGGGGACGCGGAAGAGGGGGGCAAGGGCGAGGGGGGUAAAGGGGGGGAGGAGGGAGGGAUUGGGAAGACGGGAGGUGCGGGGAUGGACAUGUUUGGGGAUGAGGAUGAUGACGAGGGGGGGGAUGAUAAAGCGGGCGAUGGUAAAGGGGAAGGGGGGGAGAAGGAAGGUGAGAGCAAGGAGGCAAAGGGAGGGGCAGAAGGGCAAGGAGGGGAGAAGGGGGGAGGGGAGGGGAAAACAGGGGGUGAGGGGAGCGGAGCACCGAGCAACAGCAGUGGCUACGAGUUUGACCCGGCCAGUGGGUGA